CUUGCGAAACUUGAAGAAACGCGUCUUCAAUGGUAACAUUGGGGUUGAAUCUGUAACUACCUAGGGAUGGGGAAGAGAAACAUUGAAGACUUUCUACCGUUCUCCUCGCAUAAUUAUAUGCACCUUGCAUGUACUUCAUAGUUCCAGGGAGGUGUUUUGCCACUCAAUUCAGAUGAUCGCUUCCGCAAUGCGCCGUAGUCUAUCUGAUACAGAGAGGUUGGAGGCUUGUUGUAGAUGCAGAUCGUGGAGCAUCCCUCUUUCAUCUACGUAUUAGAUACUACUGCGCACUGGGUACGCGAGGGAAGAAAAAUUGAGGUUGCCAAAUACACUUCCAGUCGGGCAAUCGAUCGAUAGGCUUUGGCUGUCAGCUGAUGAAUAUUGAUAGAAUCGCGACGCGACACAUCAGGAGACACGCCGGCCACAGUGGUCCAAUUCGGCUAACGCUGCCGCUGGUUCGCUCGUUCGUCCUGGGGGACUGCAUACACUUAGCCCUGCAUAUCAAUAAGCAAGUCGUUCGCUGCUUAUUGCGUCGGCAGACAGAGCGCUGGGUUUGUGAUGCUGGCACUGGCGGAAAAGGGCAUCUACACGCUAGAGUGGGCAGAUGCAAGCUCCAGCUCACGACAUGUUCAAGCAUGGAUGAGGUGUUGCAGGCACAGUGCCCUCUGCACGGCAUUCGUUCAUCGUGCACUUAAACCACAGCCAUUAGCGGAUUUGCGGCCAAGCCCGCCUGGACUGCCCCCGCUGCUGGACGGUCUAGCGGGUUGUUUCAGCGGCCUGGACGCCUACCGCACAUCCGUGCGUCCGCGCGAUACCGAGCUCCAGGCCUAGCUGGUGAAAAAUUUCUGGCGCCCACUUUGCUUCGCUUCGCUAAAGAGAACCGCAGACCUCAGCUCCUCCAACUCUUAAUAGCGUCAUCUUCCAUUAUCUUGCUCCUACCACCUCCUACACCACCUUGGCUCGGGAUCUUCCCUCUCAAUUCUCCUUGCUGCAC